AUGACUCAAAUAAUAACUCUCAAAAUUCAAAAAAAAAAAGUUAACAUUUCAUCUUUAACAUCUAAUAAAUCUGAUAAAUCUGCUAAAGAAAAUUCAAUAAGUAAAUCAAAAAAGUUGGAAGAUAUAAAGUAA